AUGUCUACGGCGACUGCUGUCAAGCAUUGUGUUGAGAAACGACUUCACCACGAAAAAGAUGACAACAAAUCAAAGACCCAAGCAGCCGUCGAAUUCGCGCUGCAAGCAGAACGGCUAGGACAGUAUACGCCAGAACAGGAAAAUGAGACAACCGGCUCUACGCAGGCCAUUGAAGCGCACUUUGUAACCCCGCAGGAUCCUGUAAUCGAGACUGCAGAUGGGCGCCGACUACCUGCCGUGCCCCUUGAGGAAGCGACAAAACUCAAUGAACUACGAGACAUUAUCGAGGAUGGUCAUGUGACGCAACAAAAGCCCUUGUCACCACGGUUGCGAGAAGCAAAAGAUGGAACCGUACAUGGACUCCUGACCAAAGAAGCCGAAAUGGAGGGCGAGGGCAAGUCUGACGUGCCUCUGGGAGAUGCGAAAGCGCCUUGGAAAACAAAUCCUCUAUUUCCACCAUUACCCAUGUAUGGACCUCCAACGCUGCUGAGACAGUGCCAGUGCUGGUUCUUCAGGUUCUCAUCUGGCAUCCUAUCAUUUCUGUUUCUUCUCGUCAUUAUACUAGGGGCCGCAUUCACAUCUCUCCCAGGCAUGUUAAAGCACCUAUUCUUGGUACUCACUUUUCGCGAUCCAGAAAAGCGGCGUAUCUUUUACAACGAGGAAGUCAAACGGAGAAAAGCCAGGAGAGAAGCAGAAGAGGCUUGGAGAAAGCAAGACAAGGUUAUGCUGGAGAAAGGGCUAGAAAAUGGUGACAAGCAAACAGCGAGAGAGUACGAACCUCUGGAAGGUGGCCGCGAUCCUCUCGUCUGCGAUGCUCGUUACUAUGCGCGACGGGUCGGCCUGGACUGCGAAAUCUUCAACGUACAGACUGAGGAUGGCUUCAUCAUCGAACUGUGGCAUCUCUACAAUCCCCGUGACUACAAGCGCACAAAUGCCGGUCAGCGCUCACCACACUCGCCCGAGCUCUUUCCUGAGGACAGAACUCGUGUUGCUGGCUCGCAAUAUGAACCAGGCGAAAAGAAGUAUCCGGUGCUCAUGAUCCAUGGUCUCCUGCAGUCGGCAGGUGCAUACUGUACAAAUGACGACGAUAGCCUUGCAUUCUUCCUUGCCAAAUCUGGUUACGACGUCUGGUUGGGCAAUAACAGGUGCGGAUUCAAGCCUAGACAUUCGACGUUGGACUAUGGCGAUCCUCGCAUGUGGGCAUGGAACAUUCGGCAGAUGGGAGUGAUGGACCUACCUGCUCUCAUCUCACGUGUGUUGUCGGAGACUGGAUUUGAGAAGCUAGGCCUCAUCGCACAUAGUCAGGGCACGACGCAAACCCUCGUCGCACUUGCCAAGGAACAGCGCCCUGAGAUCAGCGAGAAGAUUAGCGUCUUCUGCGCUCUGGCUCCUGCCGCGUAUGCUGGUCGUCUCAUUGACAAGGCACAAUUCAAGUUCAUGCAGGUCAUCAGUCCAAACAUGUUCCGGGCGGUUUUUGGCAUUCACUCCUUCAUCCCCUUCAUGAUGACGAUGCACAGUCUUCUUCCGGGCAAGCUGUAUGGUGCAAUGGGAUAUCGAGUGUUUGCCUUUUUGUUCAACUGGACGGAUGCCCGCUGGGACCGUGGUCUGAGGGACCGGCUUUUCCAGUUCUCUCCGGUCUAUGUCAGUGCAGAGAGUAUGCGUUGGUGGCUUGGACGGGAAUGUUUUGCAAGGCAAAAAUGCAUCUUGGCUACAAGAGAAGAAAAGACAAUCGAGGACAGGGAGGAUGAAGAGCGUGAGCGCAAGAAGUCGAGUGCGAGCGUGCAAGUGCAAGAUAGUGGUGAUGACGAAAGAAAUGGUGAUGAGAGCGAAGAGGACAGAAAGGCCGCUGAGCGCUACGCUUGGUACGGGCCUGGGACACCUCCUUUUGCGCUGUGGGUAUGCGGCGCCGACGAUCUUGUCGAUGGGCCCCGGCUUCUUCGUCGGUUCGAACGCGGUCGCGAGCCUCAUGUCGACGUGGUGCACUCCAAAGUCAUUGAAGGAUACGAACACUUGGACGUCAUCUGGGCCAUGGAUGCGAUUGAGAAGGUUGGCAAAGAGGUACGGGAGGUGAUAUGGAAGACGGCAUCCGAGGACGCGCGCAGAGUAUGCCGAACGCCAAAGGGGUGUGAGGACAUGAAGGCGUUUUAUGAGAAGAGCCGGACUAAUUAG